AUGAGAGUUCAUUUGCGGGAACAUCGGCUGUACUUGAGUACGACACAGCAAAGAACACGCACUAAUAAUCUCAUUAGCGUCAUCAAGGCCCGCUCACAAUGGGAUCGAGCCAAGGAGGUACUGAAAGAGGAUGGGAAGGACGAUCAGCAGAAAAUGUACGAGAGCCUAGCUGAUAUGCAAGCUAGUCAGGACAUCCUUUCCAAGUUCAUCUCCCAAGGAUUCGAUACGAAAGAAUUCGAAGAAUUAAAAGACCGUUUCCUUGCAUGGCAAAGCGCCGCGUUAAUUUUCGCCAUUCAACAAGCGGAUUUUGAGAAAUUGGCUGAAAUCCAGAAAACUUAUGACAGCCUUGGACGUAAAGACGAGUUUAUUUCAAUUUUCCGCCGUGUAUCGAUCAAUAGGUUGCGGGAGUUCUCAUCCGAUGGUCCAUCGAUUCAAUCAAUCAUUGACGCUUUGUACAAGGAAUUAGAAUUCGCUUUCAAUCAUCAUCACAAGGUUCUCCGCCGAUUUCUCGAUGAUGAUGCAGCAUCUACCGUGCUUUCUGAGGCCAUUCAGGAAGGUCUGAAUGAGUUAGAUCUUUCAGUUCCUUUCUCGAAUAUCACCUCCUCUGAAGAGAACCCAAUUGACCUUCUUCAAAAAACUAAUCAGUUCUUAACCACACGUUCUGAUGCUUCAUCAAAGAUCCCAUACCUCGAUGGUAUCUCACAGCAGUUAAGAACUGAGAUAAUCAACGAUCUCAUCGCACCUUUCCGUAGCGCCUUAACCACGUACGUGUUAUCGAAGAUCAAUACGGUCGAUUUGACAAGCGGUUCAUUCCGAGCGCGAGUGGAGUCGCUCAAAACGGCGAUUGUUGAACUUCUUCACCUCCUCAGCGAUGUUUUCGUUCACAGUGAAGCUCUAUUUGGACAUGACGUCAAGAAGGUGGUGCAGCAACCGAUAGAUAAAUGUCUGGACAACUUUUUGGCUAGGUUGAAAUCCUGGGAAUACGGACUGGACAGUCAGCGACGUCCACGUUCUCUUGAAGAUGCUAUUGCGGUGUGUUCGGCUUCUGGUCAACUGGUGUUUGGACUGCAAGAGUUCAAAACGAUGGUGUCGAAUGUGGAACCAACACUUUCCCCGAACAUCAAGUCCGCCUUGAAAUGGAACCGAGGAGUUUGUGAUUUUGUGAUGAAGUCAGCAAUUGAUCGAGUGGUUCCAAAGAUGACUUCAAAAAUGGAGGAAAUUAAAGCGAAAGCUUCGAAGGAUACCCGUGUAUCUAAUCUUCCAGCAUUCAGCACGUCACCUCAUGAGUACAUCACGACGACUGGGCAGGAACUACUCCAAUUAUUCCAUCGUUGGGAGCAGUUUUUCCUUGACGAUAACGUUGUUCAUUCAUUCUACAUUGCCCUGAAGAAGAAAUUUGAAGGCGACGAGCUAUUCAAGAAGACUGUAGCUG